UCUAACAAUUACCUUUCAUAAAUCAUGAAUAUUGAACCUUGGUUCAUUCCAUUUGACAUCUCUCUAUUGCAUUAAUCACUUAACCAUUCAACCAGUUAUUAGUUUUACACACUACUUCUCCAAACAAUGGAUCCUUACCAGAACAACAUCAGAAAAAGAAAUGAAGUAAAAGCACAAGCACGUUUGAGAAGAAAGACAUUCCUGCAAGAAAGGAGGGCAAAGAAACACAAGACAGUGCAUCAAAAAAGCAGUGGAAAUCAAAAUCAAAAAGAGACUCAGCCAAGGUUAUUUCAGUUCCCUUCACAGCCAGCAAUAACUUCUGAAAUGUUGAAUAAGCAGAAUCACCAAUAUCAGAAUUCACUGAGGAACAUUAACUCUAAUUCUCAAAUCUAUACUCAGCCAAGGUUAUUUCAAAGCACUUCACAGCCUGCAAUAACUUCUGAAAUGUUGAACCAGAAGAAUCACCACAAUCAGAAUUCAAUUAGGAACACCAUCUCAAAUUCUCAAAUGUAUACUCGGCCAAGGUUAUUGCAAAGCACUUGGCAGCCUAAAAUGUAUACUCAGCCAAGGUUAUUUGAAAGCACUUCACAGCCUGCAAUAACUUCUGAAAUGUUGAAUCAGAAGAAUGACCACAAUCAGAAUUCAAUUAGGAACAUCGACUCAAAUUCUCAAGUAUAUACUCAGCCAAAUACUAGGCAAGAAUCACCAUAUCAUCAGAGGAUAAAAACUGUGGCUGGUAUUAAUUCCUUGUGUGUCAAUCUAAUGAGCAAGUUUGGAGAUAUGAAUACAAAUGUUGCAUCAUCUUCAUCAAACCUUAAUUUGCCAACUGCCACAAGUUUGAAUACUUCAAGUACAGAAACACAUGUGGAGAAAGAAAGUGACUCUGAUUCCUCUGAAGGUUCAAGUGAUGAUAGUUGCUCAAGUCCAGAUGAAGAAGAACCACAUGCAAAUUACAAGUUAAUGGGUUAUGGCAUUCUUCCUGAAGGUUAUUAUGAUGUUGGUGAUCCACUAAUUGAAUGUGAGUAUUGCGGAGCAAAAAUGUGGUACCAAGAGAGAAUGAACAAAAAUAGACAUUCUGCAAAUCCGAAGUACCAACUGUGUUGCGGAAAUGGAAAGGUUCAGCUUCCACUCUUGAAAUCACCACCUCCAUUUCUUCAACAUCUUCUAUUUGGUCGUGAUUCAUCAGUUAGCAAGAAUUUCCAGACGCACAUCAGAGCUUAUAACACAAUGUUUGCAUUCACUUCAUUGGGAGCAAAGCUGGAUAACGAAUUUAAUAAUAGUAGAGGGCCACCAACAAUCAAAAUGCAUGGACAAUCAUGCCAUAGAAUAGGAAGCUUAUUGCCUAUGCCAGGACAAUCACCAAAAUUUGCACAGCUUUACAUUUAUGAUACCGAAAAUGAAAUACAAAAUAGACUUCAUGGGUUAAGGUACGCACAUGCCUGUUUAUCAUAUAAUUUAUACUUCAUAUAACUAGACAGAUAAAUGUAUUCAUAAGCUGUAUAUUGUAACCAUUCUUUACAGUUAAUCUCUUUUCCUAAUCUGAUUUAUAGGAACAAUAACAACCU